UGCUGAUCUCAUCCCACAUGCAAUAUCAUGCACACGGCUCCGUGUGUUUGUGUGUGUGUGUGUAAAUGAGUGUUAAGAUCAUCAGCUACACUGUGGUCUGCACUCACUGUGUCCUAAGCCUCUCUUUGAUGCCGGUGUGUUAUUCCUGUACGAGACAUUAUCCCCUGAUUCUGAGCACUUGUACUGGCUAACUGUGUUCCCCCAUCUGAACUCCAGAACCAGACCUGGUACACUCAUCAAGCAUCAGUUGUCUUUGGCAGCUGCUGUGACAAUACUUUACCUGGUCAAGAGAAGAGAAAGUUAUUCUACACUGGCUGUAAAUCACAACUAUGGGACUUUUUUUGGGAGGCUUUUGGCUCCCAGCGGAGACCAUUUUUGAGGCAAACACGCCUUUAGCUUUGGUUGAAAACCGACAGAGAGAGAUAUUUAACUCUUCAAGUAGGGGACCAGUGUUUUACGAUUGUGUCAGCCCAAAUUCUCGCACAACGGAGCAAAGCUAAACAUGACUGGUGUUGGGACACCGUUGCCCAAAGGCCAGCGAGUGUGCGACUCAGGUGUGACUGAGCUGUGAUCUGACCCUGCCCUGCUAAUCCCCUUCUGAUGAGAUGAUGACUCGUUUCACGUCAGGUCCAGUCACAUCUCAGUUGCCGGUGCACAGCGUGUGUGACUGCCUACAGCCAAGGUGGGACUCCAUCAAGACAGGGACAACUGCAGCAUCACACUCUUUAUCGUCACCGGCUUAUACGCCGAUGAAACGAGGGUGCAGCCUGACCUUUGGCCUAACCACUAGUGUGAAUGGACAAAAAGCUAACCAGGCAGUCACACAUCCCUGAGAUGGACUUAAGUAAAGGGGUUUAUCAUAACUUUGAAAAACCUUUCAUCAGCGGUUACAUAUAUGGACGGCAUUACUUGGCUUUUUAUUGCUGUCCAUUUACCCGCUAUCGCUGCAGAAAGGGAAAGCAUCCUCGCAAGUUGUCUGGGAGCUGCUUUUGCGGUGGUAUGUCAUCUCGGUGAAUCCCCUCCUUUUGCUCAAUAUAUCUGCUGUCUCCUCCUGGCUUUUUUUUUCCCCCGCUCUCCGCCUCCCUUCCCACCCUUCCUCCCCGCCGCAUAUGGGAUUCACAUUUGGCCGCAAUGAGCAUUUCCUUAAUGUGAUAUUAUGAUACAUUAUCUGAAGCCAUUUACUCCCUGUCACCACCCCUCAUGUGGACACAAGCUGAGUAAGCCAAGGAGGGGCGGGCAGAUUCUGUCCAGGUGAGUAAUGGCCUCUUAAUUUGACACUGUUCGCAGUGGUGAUCAUUUACAAUGCCUGAAAGGGUAUUCAAAAUACCAAACUGUGCUUACGUGGGUCUCUCCCUCUCUUUCUCUUUAGGAGCCUGUUGGUGGUGUAUAAGUUUUCAACCUCUCCUGCUGCUGGCUGUAAAUCGCCGCUGUCGAAGGUGUGUGUGUGUGUGCUGGUGUGAGGGAACAGAAGGUGGAGGAUAUCCCAACGUCACAGUCUCAACUGCAUUAAACUACUUAAAGGCACAGGUGCUCCCAUCAGGAGACGAUUGCUAAGACUGUGGUGGAUCCAGACAGUAGGGGAUGGAGCGGCCCGACGGAGCAACCCUCCUACCACCUUUCUCCCUCCAACUCGCUGACCUUAAACCUCCGCUGUACUAGCAGGACCAAGAGAGACACCCUAACAUAUAAACUUGGAUGAGAGGCGGAAAGAACUGUGAAGAAAGACAGUAAGAGCGAGAGACAGAAAAGGACACAGAGACAGCGUUGGCGUCGGACAUCCUUUUGAGGAUCAAGACCCCCGGGGUGGUCUCAUCAUGAAACCUUUCGUCUCUGUGGGCCCCCCCUCUGGCCUGCUGCUGGUCCUGAUGUGCUGCCCCCUGCUGGGUUUGGUCCAGUCCGCCAGCAGCAACAAGGCCAGCGAUAACGGACACCCACACCUGGGAGACAGCGACCCAGAGCGCUGCAUGAGGCACCACUUUGUGGAGACCAUCACGCACCCGAUUUACAAGUGCAACUCCAAGAUGGUGUUGCUGGCGCGCUGCGAGGGCCACUGCAGCCACACGACCCGCUCCGACCCCCUCAUCUCCUUCAGCUCGGUGCUCAAACAGCCCUUCAAGAGCACCUGCUCCUGCUGCCGGCCGCACACCUCCAAGCUGAAGGCGGUGAGGCUGCGCUGCGCCGGCGGGACUCGCAUCACGGCCACAUACAGAUACAUCUUAGCCUGCAACUGUGAGGAGUGCAGCUGAGCGGGGAGCAGCAUCCUCCCACACCCUCAAGACUCUCAGACUCCUCUUGGCCUCGGGCCUGACUCGAAAGCUAUCCAGAGAAUUUUGGUUGAUUAUUGGAUCGGAAAAUUGCCCUUAGAGGACAGCGGCUCAAGAUGCUCGCUGUUAUCUUGGGAGCGAUCGUUUGGAGCAAUCGUACCACCCUCACACAGAAAUUGACCUGCAGCCUUUGGGACUCUGACAGAACAUACUAUACCCGCUCCAUUAUGCGCAUUCAAUCAGUACAAACCAUGCAAAGCAUAUUCCUCCAGCACACAAGGCCAGACACCACAAACUACUGCUCCCAUGGGCCACUUGGAGACCCUCCUCGCUGCGGACACGCAGCGCACUCAUUACAGGCCUCCGUAAUUCAUAACACACAUGCUCACGAACCCCAGUAUGAGAGCUCGUUACAAAUAUCUGUAACGGCCUUCUGCCAGCUGCAUAAAAGAAAAAACACAAAAGAAGCUCCACCACGCAUUUGACAACAAAACAACACGCCUCGUUAAAAAGCAGCAUGGGAAAGGACCAGGCUCGACGAGAGCCGAGCGGGACCACGUGAGCCCGGACCACGUGAGCCCGGACCACGUGGCGGACCCAUAGAGAGGCACCUGCCUAUCCGCCCCAAUAACAUUUUACACACUCCCUGAGGACUUUCAUUUAGCUGUGUUAAACAUGAGCGAUGCUGACAGCAGAGCUCAUCAGGUGGACUAUAUAAGAGUGGAAUCAGACGUGUGUAAGAGGAGCUCUGAGGAUGAAGGUUAAGCCAGCGCCUGGGUGGUCCUGUGGACUGUCAAUAGACCAUCAAGGCUCUCAGUGUUUCAUUUUCAAUGUAAUCUAUUCUAUUUGAAUCUUCGUGAUGCUCCCGUCAACAUUAUUGAAACUGUAGCCGCCGAAUUUAUGAAAAGUGCCGCUUUUUGCCUGUCGUGUAUUGUUACUUGUGUUUUGACUCCUGUCAAAACAGUGCUGUGGUUGCUCUGCGUACGUCUGUGAAGCCUGUAUAUGUUUCCCUCAUAGCCCACCGUGAUGAAUACAGAACUUCAAACUCACAGGGGAUUCAUUUCAGUGUGUGUGUGUGUGUGUGUGUGUGUGUGUCAGGCUUGUACACGUCUAAAACGUCAUCAGUGCUUGUGGUCAGUUUAUCUGAAUUAAAAAGUGAACUACUCA